AUUCCUAUCUGAGCCAUUCCUAUCUGAGCGCUCUUUCUCUCUGUGUUUUGCCCUCUAAAGCCAAUCUGUAACGCAAACCCUAUUUACCCUACACAUACAUAUACAUAUACAUAUAAACUCACAAACCUAUCUCUAUAUUAGCUUACUCUCUACACACACCUCUUUCCGAUCACUUUUCGUCUCCUGAUCAUCCAGGGUUUUCGGAGGAUCUAUAUUUGUCAUCUGUCGAAAUCUCGAAACCUAGAUGGGUCGAAAGAAGCCUACCGCCCGCGAUGACGAUGGUGGCGGCGCCGCCGCCACUACUGCCGCCCAGGGUGGCGGAGGGAAAUCGAAGAAGAAGGCGCCGGUGAUUGAUGAUGAUGAGUACUCGGUAGGGACUGAGUUUUCGGAGGAACAAACAGUCGAGGAGGAGAAAGUUGGUGGUGGUGGUGGGAAGAAGAAGGGGAAGAAGGGGAAUUCUAAGAAUUUACAGCCUAAAGAUGACGACUUUGAAGAAAAUAAUGCUGAGGAGGAGGAGGACGAUGUUUCGGCUAUACAAUUUGCCGGGAAGAAGAAGUCUAAGUCCAAGAAGAGUGGGAAUAAGAAUUUGUUUAGUGCUUCGAGUUUUGGGUUACUUGAGGAUGAGGAUAAUGAUGGGGAGGAUGAUGAUGAUGAAAAGUCUGGUGUGUCUCGUGAUAAGGAUGAUGAUGUUGUUAGUGAUGAUGAGGAUGAGCCUGUAGCAGCUUUCUCGGGGAAGAAAAAGUCGUCAAAGUCGAAAAAGAGUAAUAGUAAUUUGUUCAAGGGGUCGGCUUUUGAUGCAAUCGCUGAUGAUGGGGAUGGGGAUGGGGAUGUUGUUGAUGAUGAUGAUGAUGAACCGGUUAUUAUUUUUUCAGGGAAGAAGAAACCAUCGAAAUCAAUUAAGAAAAGUAGCGGUAAUGUGCAUGCAUCGUCUAGUUUUGAUGCGCUUGAUGAUGAGAGUGAAAGGAUGGAUGAAGUUAAAGUGGAAGAGGAUGACGAGGUUGCUAUUACUUUUUCUGGUAAGAAGAAGAAAUCUCCAAAGUCUUCAAAGAAGAGUAGUAGCUUGUUUAGUGCUCCAUUUGUCGAUGAUGAAGAAAAUGACGCGGGUGCAUCUGUCUCUAAAUCUGGUGGUGAUGCAACUAAUGAUGAGUUCAGUAUUCAAGAUGAAGAUGAAUCAGUGAUUAUGUUUUCUGGUAAAAAGAAGCCUUCCAAAAAGAAGAAUAAUAGUGUUUCCAGUGCACUUGAUUCUGGGCUUGGAGAUGAAUUGGCAGAUGUGGUUGAACCUGAACAACCUAAUGCGAGUACAAGUAAUAAAGAAGCUGAUGAUUCCAAAAGUAACAAACAGGUUAAUGAAGUUGUAGCAGAAACUUCAAAGAACAAAAAGAAGAAAAAGAAGGGUGGAAGAACUGCACAAGAAGAGGAUGACCUUGACAAAAUUCUUGCAGAGCUUGGUGAAGCACCCCCUAUAUCAAAACCUGGUCCUGCUCCUCCUCCCCAAGAGGGCAAAGCUGAGAUUGAGCCAGAAUCAGUUGGUUCGUUGGAUGCUACAGUUGAAAAGGAAGCUGUGGAAGAAGGUGGUUUGGAAUCUGCUGCUGCGAAGAAGAAGAAGAAGAAGAAAGAAAAAGAGAAAGAAAAGAAGGCGGUAGCAGCAGCAGCAACAGCUGCACCAGCUGCACCAGCAGAGGAAGAAAAACCUCAAGAAACAAAGAAUGAAACCAAGGGUAAAGCAACGGAUAAAAAAGUCCCAAAGCAUGUUAGAGAGAUGCAGGAGAGACUUGCCAAGCUUAAGGAACUGGAGGAAAAGAAGAAGAGGGAAGAAGAGGAGAAGUUAAGGAGGGAAGAGGAAGAGCGAAAGCGGCUAGAAGAACUCGAAAGGCAAGCAGAAGAGAAAAAACGCUUGAGAAAAGAGAAGGAAAAGGAGAAGCUUUUAAAGAAGAAACAGGAAGGAAGGCUUUUAACGGGGAAACAGAAGGAAGAAGCAAAGCGAUUGGAGGCAAUGAGGAAUCAAAUACUUGCUAAUGCCGGAGGUUUGCCUCUCCCUACUGCCGAUGGUGUUGGUGCCUCAACAAAACGGCCCAAGUAUCAAACGAAGAAGUCAAAGCCACAUCAUUCUCAAGGAAAUGGUAUGGCCCCUGCAAAGGAUGUCGAAAUCACAGAAGCAAAGGAAAACCAGCAGGAGGUUGUUUCGGAGGUUGAUUCCAUGGAACCGGAGAAGAUUGAAGAAGUGGAUGCAAUGAGUGUGGAGGAGAAAACAGAAGUUGCCGAUGUGGUUGAAGAGAAUGGAAUUGAAGAAGAAGAAGAUGAGGAUGAAUGGGAUGCAAAGAGUUGGGAUGAUGCUGAUCUAAAACUGCCGGGUAAAAGUGCAUUUGCAGAUGAAGAGGCUGACUCUGAGCCUGAACCUGUGGUUAAAAAAGAGGUAAGGAGUGCCCAAUCAGCUAGCCGUGAUUCAGGCCCUCCUGCUGUGGCUGCAAAGCCAGCAGUUGCUGCCCCAAAAGUCACUGCUGCAAAGCCUACAGGGAAGAAGGAAACACCAAGUUCAGAUGCUCAGCCUAACCAUAGUGAAAUUGAUCUCCGAUCUCCAAUAUGCUGCAUUAUGGGUCAUGUCGAUACUGGUAAAACCAAGCUGCUUGAUUGUAUCCGCGGAACUAACGUUCAAGAAGGUGAAGCUGGCGGGAUUACUCAACAAAUUGGUGCAACAUAUUUUCCAGCACAUAACAUACGAGAGAGGACAAAGGAACUGAAAGCUGAUGCAAAGCUGAAUGUCCCAGGUCUAUUGGUUAUUGAUACCCCUGGACAUGAAUCGUUCACUAAUUUAAGGUCUCGGGGUUCAGGUUUAUGUGACAUCGCAAUUUUGGUCGUUGACAUAAUGCAUGGCCUAGAACCACAGACUAUUGAAUCACUCAAUCUUCUGAAAAUGAGGAAUACUGAAUUUAUCGUUGCAUUGAAUAAGGUGGACAGACUUUAUGGGUGGAAAGUUUGCAAGAACGCACCAAUUGUGAAGGCAAUGAAGCAGCAAACCAAAGAUGUCCAAAUGGAAUUUAAUACGAGGCUGACUCAGGUUAUUACCCAGUUAAAGGAACAAGGGUUAAACACUGAAUUAUACUAUAAAAACAAAGAAAUGGGGGAAACUUAUAGUAUUGUACCUACAAGUGCAAUCAGUGGUGAAGGCAUUCCUAAUAUGUUGCUAUUGCUAGUUCAAUGGACUCAGAAGACAAUGAUUGAGAAACUUACGUACAGUAAUGAAGUGCAGUGUACAGUUCUGGAGGUUAAGGUUAUUGAAGGCCAUGGGACAACCAUCGAUGUGGUGUUAGUUAAUGGUGUGCUUCACGAAGGAGAUCAAAUAGUUGUUUGUGGCAUGCAGGGACCUAUUGUUACCUCAAUUCGAGCAUUACUGACACCCCAUCCAAUGAAGGAACUCCGAGUAAAGGGUACUUAUCUGCAUCAUAAAGAAAUCAAGGCUGCCCAGGGUAUCAAGAUUACUGCACAGGGCCUUGAGCAUGCGAUUGCAGGCACUGCUCUAUAUGUGGUGGGGCCUGAUGAUGAUUUAGAAGAUAUGAAGGAAGCGGCCAUGGAAGAUAUGAAGUCAGUAAUGAGCAGGAUUGAUAAAACUGGUGAGGGAGUCUGUGUUCAGGCCUCUACUCUUGGAUCAUUGGAAGCGUUGCUGGAGUUCUUGAAAUCACCAGCCGUGAAAAUACCUGUUAGUGGUAUAAGCAUAGGCCCUGUACAUAAGAAGGAUGUCAUGAAGGCUAGUGUCAUGCUUGAGAAGAAAAAAGAAUAUGCCACAAUCUUGGCCUUUGAUGUUAAAGUGACGCCGGAAGCUCGGGAACUUGCGGAUGAAGCUGGUGUCAAGAUAUUCAUUGCUGAUAUUAUUUAUCACUUGUUUGACCAGUUUAAGGCCUACAUUGACAAUCUCAAGGAGGAAAAGAAGAAGGAAGCUUCUGAAGAGGCAGUCUUCCCAUGUGUUCUCAAGAUUAUGCCGAAUUGCGUUUUUAACAAGAAGGACCCCAUUGUUUUGGGGGUUGACAUUCUUGAAGGCAUUGCUAAGGUUGGAACUCCAAUUUGUAUACCUCAGAGGGAGUUUAUUGAUAUUGGUCGAAUCGCAUCUAUUGAGAAUAAUCACAAGCCAGUUGAUUAUGCUAAAAAGGGCCAGAAGGUGGCUAUUAAGAUAGUUGGUAGCAAUCCGGAGGAGCAACAAAAAAUGUUUGGCAGGCAUUUUGAGAUGGAAGAUGAGCUCGUCAGUCAUAUCUCUCGGAGGUCGAUUGAUAUACUUAAAGCUAAUUAUCGGGAUGACCUGUCUAUUGAUGAGUGGAAGCUGGUUGUGAAACUGAAAAACCUCUUCAAGAUACAAUAAAAUUAGUUUUGAACUUUCGACUUAUUGGUGAAGAAGUUCAUCAUUUCAGAUAUGAUCAAGGGCUAUCGGAACUGCGCCUGUGUAUUGUGAAGAGACUGAGGUUCUUUUUGGGCGGGAAUGAGUUGUGUCUUGAACAAGAUAGAUUGGAAGUGUGACAGGUAUUUAUGAAGGGAUAGUAUAUGGUAAAAUUCAUACCCAAUUUUGUUUCCCUUUCUUUACAAUCACAACAAAGUCAACCUUCCUUGCUAUUUGUUUUUUUCUUUUUUUGUGGGUAUUUUGUUAAGUUUUAUUGCUGUGAUCAUAAACAAGGUUCUUUGUAUGAAAGCAAUGCAGUAGUACAAAGAUGAGAGUAAUAUGAUAUAGCUGUCAGAAGAUGGCUUAACAUCUGUGUCUUCUAAGCACUUUAACGAUUCUUUUCUAUACGUUAAGCAA